CGUCUUCUUCAUCGUCUUCCCCAUUUCCACCUCCGCACAGCUCAGGCGAGAUCCAGGUGAUCGAUCCGAUGAAGGCGGCAUCGGCAACCAUGUUGUCGGCCGCGGCGGCCAUGAAAGCGUUGUCUGAGUCCUCGGUGCCGUCCUCGGCGGGUCUGAGCGUGGCCGACCGCCACACCUUGGUGGCGAUCAGUGCCGGUACGGCGGCGCUGUCCCUCGCCGGAUCGUCCUUCAUAGUCCUCUGCUACCUCCUAUUCAAGGAGCUCCACAAGUUUUCCUUCAAGCUUGUCUUCUUUCUCGCCCUCUCCGACAUGUUUUGCAGUUUCUUCAUUAUGGUCGGGGAUCCGUCUAAUAGUUUUUUCUGCUAUGCUCAAGACUACAGUGUGCAUUUCUUCAGUGUUGCAUCAUUCUUGUGGACAACAACCAUUGCGUUUACUCUUCAUCGCACUGUUGUUAAACAUCAAACUGACGUGGAAGAUUAUGGUUCAAUUUUUCACUUGUAUGUUUGGGGCACUUCACUUGCUACAACAUUAAUUCGCUCCAUUGGCAGUGAUUAUGGACAGCAAGGGGCAUGGUGUUGGACUGAACCUGGACGAACAGGGAAGAAGGUAGCUCAUUUGAUAACUUUCUAUGGGCCAUUAUGGGGUGCCAUACUUUACAAUGGCUUUACAUACUAUCAAGUGAAUCAUACUCUAAACAAUGCGACACGGAUGGCAGUGGCUUUGUCAGAGCGACCAAACCAAUCUGAUUUGAGAGCAGACAGAAAGGCAUUCAAUCGGUGGGGCUACUACCCCUUGAUUUUGAUAGGAUCUUGGUCAUUUGCCACAAUUAACCGUGCGUAUGACUUCAUUAAUCCCAACCACAGGAUCUUUUGGCUCUCAUUUCUUGAUGUUGGUUUCGCUGGACUCAUGGGACUAUUCAAUUCAAUUGCAUAUGGCCUUAAUUCAUCUGUACGCCGAGCAAUUGCCGAAAGAAUCGAUUUAUGGGUUCCUGAGAAAUUUCGAAGGUGGUUACCUGCUGCAAAGCUGAGAAGCUCCCAAGAAACUGAGCUCACUUCACUAAUAGUCGAAGGCUAGAGAUGAUCACAGGGCCGGAUGCUCUUUAGGUCCUCUAAUGCAUCUUUCUUCAGCCUAAAAGCACCUGAGAAUGGGAAUUACUUUGACAAUUGUCGGGGAUCUUUGCAGCUUCAUGCUUCAUGCACUGAUAUUUUACUAUACAUCCCUUGGAUAUAGUAACCAUUGAAGAGGUCUUCCCUGUAUAGAUUUUGGAAGCUAAAGAAGAUGAGAAACGAUUUAGAUGCGAGUAAAUAGUAAAUUAUCGAGUCCAAGCUUCUUUGAAAUGGAAAGUUCAUUAUUGUGUGCAUUAGUCGCUUUUGAAUUCAAUCACCAAAUGCUUUAUAGCUCUGUAAUGGAAUUAAUAUUUGAUUUCAUGUUGAUUCUCAUGAUUAGAAAUUUUUCAUGCAAUUUAUAAUUUUGUUA